UCUGUGGCCUGUGCUAUAUUCUUAUUUGUUUUGACUUGUUUUAUUUAUUGCAGUCUAUUAUAUACUAUUUGAUAAAAAAAUAUAUAUUAAUUAUGUGACUAUACAUAUAGUAAUCAUUAGACUAGAAUUAAGCAUUCCGUGAUGGCGAAUAACGUAAACAUUUCAAUUGAAGCUCCCAUUGAGAACCAAAUUCAGGAAAUAACCUACGAUGGACAAGAGAUUUACCAAGCGCCGCUGUCGAUGUCGGAGAACCUGGCUAGACUGGCACAGAAGAUUGACUUUACAAAAUCUGAAGAUGAAUACUGCAAUAUUAAAAAGGAAGGUGAAACCAGUGUAGAUGUUAAGUCGGACGAUGAUAGUAAGGACACAGGUUACCAGUCCAAUCAGUGGCCAUGGGAGUCUGUGAGAAACAAGCUACGGAAUGCUCUCACUGAAGUGUCUGUACUGGCCGAUGUGCUCACUAUUGCUAAAGAGAAGAGAUAUAUGGUGCUGGACCCGGUGCAGCCGGAGCAGGCGGAGACGCGUGCGAUGGUGCCGGUGUACGGGCGCAAGAAGGCGCUGGCCGCCGCCGCCGCCGUGCUGCUGGGCGGCGCGGAGCGGCUGCGGGCCGGGGACUCGCCGCGCACGCGCGCCGCGCCCGACUUCCACAUCGACCUGCUGCGGCUGCGGCAGAACUGGCGCCUCAAGAAGGGCUCGGCCGGCAUCGUGGGCGACCUCAGCUACCGCACCGCCGGCUCCAAGUUCGGCCAGACGGGCGUGUUCGAGGUGACCAAGGCCGCCGACGAGCCGCCGCCCGCGCCCGGCCAGCCCGCCGCGCUCCGCGUCUCCGUGCCGCCCGACCUGCAGGGCGUCGCCUUCAUCUCCGUGCUCUGCCAGAAGGAGCAGGAGGACGUGUCGGGCGCGGGCGCGGCGGCGGGCGGGGCCGCACUGUCGGCGGAGGGCGAGCUGCACUGGCAGCAGCGGCUGGAGGCGGCGCAGAACGUGCUCUUCUGUAAGGAGCUGUUCGCGCGGCUGGCGGCGGAGGCCGUGCAGCUCGACGCCUCCAUCCCGCACAUGGUCGUCGGCAACCAGAUCAUGGCCACGGUGUUGCCCGGUAUUCAACUGCUGAUAGGACUGUGUCACAAUAACGGACAGAAUAAUUCGAACACUCACCCGGAGAGUUCCGAGCACGACCACGUGCUGGAGCACUCGCUGCACCAGCUGCUGCGGGCGGUGCACCACGCCAACACGCACCAUCCCUUCCCGCACCCCGCCACCGGGCCCCUCGGACCCUCCAAGAGACGCUGCGUGGCAGGUGAGGACAGACAGACACACACACACACACACACACCCCGCCACCGGGCCCCUCGGACCCUCCAAGAGACGCUACUGGAGCAAACACACACACACACACACACACACAGACGCAGCGAAUACGUCCUCGACACUAUUGCAAAGGAGGUAAAGGACCCGCUGAUCGUGUCCCACUGGAACGCCCUCAAUAGCCCCACGCAGUCCUGUGUCAAAAUCAACAUAAUGGCUUAUGGGUACGACGCGGUGUGCCGCACGUCGCUGGUGGUGCACGUGGGCGAGAAGACUCUCAAGUGCAUCUGCCGCGACGGCAAGGUGCGACACCUCUCAUACGAGCUGCAGGAGCUGCGGGACCUCAUCUACUGCCAGAUAUACCAGCAUCAAAUGACAGCCGUGCAGGCGGUGGGUCGGUGCAUGGGGUGGCAGUUGUUGGCCAGCAGCUCGCACCUGGGCUCGGGGCCGGUGGAGCCCUUAGGGAAUGCUUCCUCGUGUCUUCUUGCUUCACCCAAUGGUGACAGAAUGAUAGCAAUAAGGUGUGAACCGUCAGUUGGCAUCCAAGUGUUUAUUGCACAAUCACCAAGAAAAGAUUUCUUCGCGAGUGAACUAGUGCAAGAUAAAAAAUGGGAGAAUCUCGGCGGAGCAUUUAAAGAGAUCAAGCUGGAAAAGAUGGAAGGGAAAAACUUCCUGAACAAGAUGGAACUCCUAAUGGCCUGCCUGAGUAGUCCCUCUUAGACUAAUUAUUAUCUUUAAUUUAGUAAUGUACUGCCCUUUUGUAUG